AUGCAUUCUUGGUCAUAUCUCGGAGCUUCAGCGCUCAUGCUCGCAACAAUGGUCUCGGGUCUCAGCAUCAAACUCGACGCCAAGGCCGGAAAGUCCUGCGAGUAUACCGCGCCAUGGCAGACGCUCCCUGAGCUUCCACCUAUGCCUAAAACCAAUUUCAAGGGCACUGCACCGAUUAACGGAAUUGAUCUAUGGUAUGCGACAUUCGGAAGACCGCUCAAGGAGACUAAGGCGAAAGGCCUUAGCCCUGUUGUUUUCCUCCAUGGUGGCUUUGCGAAUAGUGAUUACUGGGCCAACCAGAUCCGGUAUUUCAAGAAUCACCCCUACACUUUGAUCACAAUCGAUUCUCGAGCUCAGGGUCGUUCGUCAGAUGAUACAAGCCGUCCUUUGACCUACGAUCUCAUGACUAAAGAUGUCAUCGGUUUGAUGGAUCAUCUUGGAAUUGAAAAGUUCUCAACUGUCGGUUGGUCUGACGGCGCAUGCAUUUCUUUCGACCUCACUAUGAACUUUACCUCUCGUCUCGAUCGUGCCUUUGCAUUCGGCGGUACUUACAGCCCCGCGAACAUCAAUUCGUCAAUUGGAGAUAAUCCCGUGUUCACGGAGUAUCUGGAGAGAGCUGAGGCGGAGUGGAAGAAGAUGUCGCCAUACAAGGGCUCGUUCCAGGACUUUUCGGACAGAAUGAACGCGAUGUGGGCAGCUCUGCCAGACUGGGAUGCAAAGUCGUUUGCCACGAUUCCUACGCGAUACUCUGAUCCUAAUGCUCCCAUCAUGUGGAUUGUCGAUGGUGACUCUGAGGAGGCUGUCAAUCGCACCGUUCCCGGCGAACUCCAUAGCUGGAUCUGGGGUUCUGAUCUUGUUAUCCUACCCGGAGUCAGCCACUUUGCGCAAGUCACUGCAUCUGUAUCUAUGCGACAUCGAUUAACCUCUUCACAGUUUCAUGCAAGACCCAAAGACCUUUAA